CCUAGACCUAGUUUGCAAGAAAGCGCAGGCACGAAGAGCAAACCCAAGACAGCUGGGUUUUGCAUUGGCCCACAACUUUCCAAAGUGCAGGUUUCUUUCUAUACGUCUUCCGCCUUCUACAGUUUUUGCAUCCUUGCUCUCUUGAUUGUGAUGAAGUGAAGUACAGAGAGGAUGAAGAAAGAUUUUGGCCUUCAGUAACAGCACGGAAGACACUGCAUUGGCUCAAAUUUAAGAUACAACAUUCAGAAUGAUGAUCAUUGUGUGGCUGGGGUUUGUGCUGGGUGCAUUCUCUGCUGAAGGCAAAGUGUUCCAGGCAAAAGCAGGACAAAAAAUCACCUUGGAGUGUGGGAUCAACAGCUACCCGAACAACUUAGAAUGGCAUCACAGAAAUCAGCUGAUUGUGCGUUAUUUUGGGAAGAGCGGCCAAUCAAGCAACGGCCAAGCUACCAUUAAGGCAAGGGCAAAAGUGAAGCAAACACCGAAUCUGGAGAUCUCUGGAGUGAACAAAGAAGAUAGUGGAAAGUUCACUUGUGUGGCAGAUGGGAGUCGUCAAGAGCACAUGCUUCUUGUGGUCUCAGUCUCAGCCAGCCCACCCAGUGCCUGGGUCGGCGGCCAGGUUGCACUCAACUGCGAAGUAGGAGGGCUGAAUCAAGACUCAGUGCAAUGGAAUAGGCCAGAUGGAAGUCUACAUGAAGGGUCGGGGAAAGUUCAGCUCAAUCAUGUAUCCCUCUCAGACGCAGGGACCUGGACUUGUACAUUUUUCUAUGACAGUAAGAAGUACAGCGAGAGCCUAAACAUCGUCGUUAAAGCCCCUACUACUACAGCACCUACAUCAUCCCCUACACAAAACUCAAAGGUCAACAGUAAGAAGACCUGCCCCAAUUGUGGUACUGGCGUUGGGCAUCUCUGGUGGGUAUGGGUUGUAGUUGGAGUUGGCUGUCUGGUUGUGAUUGUCCUGACGGUCCUUGUCAUUGUUUUGUGCAAGAGGAUCAGAAGAAGGAAGAAAAUGAGGCAGUCACUCAGGCCCAAGCAGUACUGCCAGUGUAAACGCCAAACAGCUGCACCAAAACUACAGCAAGGACGUCAGAAAGGGAGGCCAUCCGUCCUCCCUCUGCAACCCUUGCUAACGGAGUGACAUGAAAGACAGAUCGAAGAGAGAGAAAGAGAGAGCAAGUGAAAGAGAACCCCAGUGUGAAUAUGGGCUUGUAAAAUCAGAUGUAAUGAUGUGGGCACUUUGAGCUUUUUCACCAAAUACAGCCAGUGAACUGAAUGAAAAUGGGACCUUCCACUGCAAGGGAAAACAGCAACAGUCUGUAGUAAUUAUUUACAUUAAUGCAGCAUAUUAAAAUAAUUAAGCCUAAUAUAUCUCUGGCAUAGUCAACUUCCAGUGCUUUCCAUCACAAAUAACGGUCAACUGAUUUAGAUAUAUUUCUUUCUUGUAUUUCUGUGUAUUUCAUAAAUGUUUAUGUAUACUUUGUCUUUAUUUCUGUCGGUUGUAAAUGAAUAGAUUGUAUUAGUACUGCACUGAAAUUUGAUGUCUUUUUUUUCCUCAGUCAAUAAACCAUAAGGAUAGCCAACUG